AUGCCCAAAACUGAUCUCGGUGAUGUUUGUGGACGCUAUGUAUCUUCGCGUCUGUCAAAACAAACACAUUCUCCAUUGUCAAAUGAUCAGCAAUCAAUAAAGCACUUCUCAACUAACCCAUCUAUUGCUACUGAACACAUUCAACAAGCGAAUAUUUUAGAAGAAAAACUGUUUUUUAAAUCAUACGCGAAAACCUCAUUAGAGAAUUUAAGUCAACAUUAUACAUUAAUUCCAAGUGAAACUGAUCAGACGAACAUUAUGCCGGCUAAUAAUGAUGUUCUAUUAACUGCAUUUAAUAAUAAUACAACGAAUGGAACGAAUGGAACAAAUUCUUCACACCAAUACCGUUCAACAUAUGUUUCAUGUAGUAAUGGAAACACGAAUGGAAACCAUUCGUUAUCCCCACCUUCUCAAUCAUCCUCGUCCUCCUCAUCUUCAUCGACAUUAUCGUCUUCGUCAUCAUCAUCGUCGUCAAAUAGUAGUUCACCGUUGAUGAUGCAUUGGGAAUUAUUAAAAGAUCGUGGUUCGGGCUUAGUAAAUCUUGGUAAUACAUGUUUUAUCAAUGCUUCAUUACAAUGUUUAGCAAAUACUCCUCCGCUUGUUCAAUGGCUUUUAUGUAAUUCUCAUAAUCAGUGUUGUCGAGUCAAAUUAGAAAAACAAUUUUGUCUAUUUUGUGAAGCUGAGCGUAUAGUUAAGUCGAUUCAUUCAAAGAAUUCCAAUUCAUCGUUUUCAUCAUCCGUUGGUGCUGCUACGAAUCCGAAUAAUAUCGCUCGUCGCAUAAGAGAAAUCUCCACAACGUUCAAAGUUGGCCGACAAGAAGACGCAAGUGAAUUUCUGAUUUGUCUGAUCGAUAAAAUUGUCGACGGAUGUCUCCGAUCAUCUCAACCGCCUGAACGUCUACGUCCAUCAUCAGGCACAUCUUACGAACAAUUAUGCCAUUCCCAAACGAUAUUCCAUGACCUAUUCGGUCUCGUUCUCCGUUCACGAGUCGUGUGCACGCGCUGCCGUCAUACAUCUGAUACAUUUGAAGUUCAAUAUACAUGGAUCGUUGGUGUACGUAAUCAUGCCGAUUUGCGACAGUCAUUACAGCAAUUUGUUUGUCGUGAAACACUAUCUGGUGAAAAUCUUUAUCGCUGUAUCAAAUGUAAACAAUUAGUACCGGCUAUUAAACGAUAUACGUUACAUAAAGCGUCGAAGAUUUUACUGAUUAAUCUCAAACGGUUUGAAUUCGGUAAAAAUUCGCAUAAAUUGUCACAUCUUGUACGUUAUCCCGAAUAUUUAAAUGUCACUCCAUACAUGAGUGAAGAAACCUCGACGGAUGAGUUGUUGAACUAUCGUUUAUACGCUGUAUUAGUUCAUGUGGGUGCAUCCAUGCACUCAGGACAUUAUUUUGCCUACGUACGUUCACCGAAUAACCGGUGGUACAAAGCCGAUGACACAACAAUGACACAGUGCGAUCUGAAUCAAGUUUUGUCGCAGCAUGGUGCAUAUAUUUUGUGUUAUAUUAAAGAAACCCCAGCAACAGAUUCAACUGCCAACGGCUCACCAUCGACAACAGCUAAUGCAACAUCUUCAACGCCAGCAGCAACCACAAAUAAACUGGUGUAUCAGAAUGGUAAAUUAAACAACAGUGAACAACAGUCAACUAUACCGAAUGGCAUAUUUUUCACAUCACGUCAAAUACCGAUCCAGAAUCAUGUCAAACAAACCAAUGGACAAAAUGGUAAUUUGAAAACCAUUGCGCCAUCGUUGACGAAGCCUGCAAUUGUCACAUCGAAUUCUGAAUCAACUAAUGGCAACAAUGCCUUGUCGACAGAAAAACGAGCACCAAUUGUCAUGCGCAUUCCAAAAUUGAAUUAUGUCUCUAACUACAAGUCGGUAACACUGCAAGAUAAACCAAUACUAAAUACAAAUAUCACAACAUUAUCCUCUUCCAAACUUGUUAAUAAAUCCAAUUCAACCCCGAUUAUUUUAUCAACGACAAAGAAUAGUAACUACACGAUAUCACCAGCAAGUUCAUUAUCAGCUGUACAAUCGACGUCAUCGCCGUUGAAACUGAUUAUCAAAACAUCUGGACCAUCAUCAACACUCAAUGGUCUUGCAUCUAUAUUGAAUUCAUAUAAUCAUGACGAUGACGAUGAUGACGACGAUGAGAAUAACGAUGAUGAUGAGAACAAUGAUGAUUCGUUGGAGCUUCGGCAGCCAGUCACGAAAAAAGCACGAAUUACAGAACCACAAAUAUCGCCCACGAUACCAAUUCUUGUGCCUCCGUCAUCUGAUCUUGUCAACAGUUCGAUUUCGGAUACGAGUUCGAUGCCUGCCCAAAGAAAAUCGUUGGAUGAUGAGCAAUCAAAUACUUCUUCGUCAUCGCCUACCAAACACAAGAAAAAGAAGAAGAAGAAAAAGUCACAUAAACAUCAUCAUCAUCAUCAUAGAAAUCAUCAUUAUCACCAUCGCAAACGAUCUCGAAGAGACAGUAGUCGUAGUCGAUCACGUUCACGUUCGCGUUCUUACUCUCCUCUAUCUUCAUCAUCGCUGACUGAUGAUCAGUAUCGGCGACAUCAUAAAAGUAAGAGACAACGUCGUCAUAAACGAUACAGUUCGUCAUCAUCAGCGUCGCUAUCAUCGCGCGAACCUUUGUGA